AUGUGCAACUCCUUACAGCCUGGUAUCGAAUCCUAUUUGCCGCACACGUCGGCUUAUUACUCACAAAGCAACUGCCAAACCUUGCUGGUGAAGCUGGAGCUACCCAAUGGCACUGCCCCAACAGGCAUCGUCCACCUUACUCGUCACCGCCCGUCGAGCGAGCUCUUACAGUGGGAGCCACUGCAAGAGUUCCAGAGGGUUCUUAUUGCUCAUUUAGGCGUUCGCCCGGGAGAUGCAGUGCAUGCGUCCCUAGCAAAAGACAGAUGGCCAAACAAGGACACGGCGGACCACCCGUAG